AGAAGGUAAAGCAGCACCUUUGCUCCUGCUCUGUCAUUAUCUCCAAGCUUUGUUUUCUGAUGGCAAACUGGAGAACAACCCACACCAAAAACCUUGUCUUGGAUGUCAUGACUCCACAGUUCUCAGCUGCUUCUCUAGGAGUGAUCUUUAACUCUUCCUCCUCACUUCUGCUCCAGCCCGGAACAUUCCUGUGCCAGACACUGGAGAGGUUACACCACCAGCACCAAUCUGAGCUGGAGGAGGAGACACUGAACCAACCGCCUGCUUCUAUACAUUCAGUGAUGUCCUGCAUGCUCAGGAGGGGACUCCACCGGAGACGCUGCCAAAAGACAACGCUCCUGCAAGGACCAUCCCGCAGAGCAAUGCAGAUCAUGGUCCUACAGAGACAAGUUGAAGGGCCUGCAGAUGGUGCCAGCAGUCGGCAAAAGCCAGUCUCCUGCUUGAGGAGCCAGGCGAAGGCUAAAUAGGAGUCACCGGGGGAGCAGGAUUCUCUGUGGUCCCAUGGAUUGCCAUUUCAAGACUGCUGGAAGCGGAUGCAGGGGAGCGUGCCUUAAAAUAGCAUUUCAGAUGAGAGUGCAGCCGGGAGAAGCAGCAUAGUGAUAGGUGAAGACCCUGAUAAGAGCUAGCCUGGAGGUAAACCAUGGGGAUGUGUUUUUCUUUUUGGAGCAAACACCUCCAGCCAGCAGCCUUCUCCAUAAGGAACUUUUUUUAAGUAUUUUUCCUGCUUUUUACAUAUGCUACAAAUGAAGCAGUUCUGGUCAGUGCACUGAAUAAACAGUGACUCCAUGCCCUACACAGAAGUGGCUUCCCUCCUAGAUCUGCUGAAGUAUCUAAGAUGACGAUUUCAGAGCUUGUCUUGAAAUCACAUGGCUCCAGAAGCUUGAGAUUGAUAAACUCCCAUCAUUGCUAUGGAAACUGGUGAAACUGCAACACAUUAUGCCUCCUUUUGGCCAGUUUGUUCUUCUCCACAGGGUCUGUCUGUGGGUACCUCAGACUCACACAGCUCUCUCCCUGCAGACAUGGAUGGUCAGACCAGUGACAAGUCUUGGUUGUGCAAGGUUGUUCUCUCCAAACAAGGGUAAUUAAGGGUUCAACUAACUUUUCUUUCUGGUACCUUUCCAGGGACCUGGUCUGCAGCACCAUGCUGGAUCCCAAGCCUCACCCUGCAAGCUGGAGGUGAAUCCAGGUGAAAUCCAGCUAUCACACGAGGCGUCAGAAUGACCAAAGCACGGCUCCUCCGUCUCUCUGUGGUGCUGGUCUCCAUCUUCAUGAUCCUCCUGAUCAUUGUGUACUGGGACAACGUGGGAACAGCUCACUUCUACCUGCAUACAUCCUUCUCCAGGCCUCAUUCCCCUGCUAUCACGGCAGGUGAAGACUGGGAAGCCUUGCCAGAUGUAGAUGAAUUUUUGGCAAAGCUGCUUAGUUCAAGCCUAAAACAGAAUAGCUCUACCCCCCGAAAGACAGAGCAGCUACUUGUCCAGGGCUCCAGCAAGCCCGUGGCGAGCAAUUUGGAGGAGAAGGUGCGGGGCUAUGACUGGUCUACACACAAUGACAGAAACAGCUUAGACCAAGAGCAAGUGCAGAUAGAGAGGCAGAGAACGUUGAGGGAGUUUUGUGCCAAUUCCAGCUUCACCUUCCCCACCAAGGGGCGCUCCUUUGAUGACAUCCCAAACUACGAGCUCAACCACCUGAUUGUGGAUGACCGCCAUGGCAUCAUCUACUGUUAUGUCCCCAAGGUGGCCUGCACCAACUGGAAGCGGGUGAUGAUUGUGCUAAGUGAGAGCCUGCUAGACCAGGGUAUCCCAUACCGGAACCCUCUGGAUAUUCCCCGGGAACAUGUUCACAACACCAGCACCCAUUUGACGUUCAACAAAUUCUGGCGCCGUUAUGGGAAGUUCUCCCGGCACCUCAUGAAGAUCAAGCUAAAGAAGUACACCAAGUUCCUCUUUGUACGGGACCCUUUUGUCCGCCUCAUCUCCGCCUUUCGCAGCAAAUUUGAGCUGGAGAAUGAGGAGUUCUACCGACGUUUUGCCAUCCCCAUGCUAAAGCUGUACUCCAACCACACUAACCUUCCCUCCUCCGUUAGCGAGGCCUUCGGGGCAGGCCUCAAAGUCUCCUUUUCUGACUUCAUCCAGUACUUACUGGAUCCCAGGACAGAGAAGAUGGCCCCUUUCAAUGAACACUGGAGGCAGGUUUACCGUCUGUGCCAUCCGUGCCAGAUAGACUAUGAUUUCAUUGGCAAGCUGGAGACGCUGGAUGAGGAUGCUGCUUAUCUAUUGCAGCUCCUCAAAGUGGACAAGCUGCUUCGCUUCCCCCCCAGCUACCGGAACAGGACUGCCAGCAGCUGGGAAGAUAACUGGUUUGCCAAAAUUCCCCUGGCUUGGAGGCAGCAGCUCUACAAGCUUUAUGAAGCAGAUUUUGUACUCUUUGGCUACCCCAAACCAGAAAACUUGCUUAAAGACUGAAAGUGAUUGGGUUGGGGGGGGGGGUGUGGGAGGGAACAUCUGAAAUACCAAAAAUGUUUAAAGCCUCCUCAUUUUUGCUCUUAACUCCCUUCCCCAUACAGGUUGGUACAAUGGAAUCUAUUUUUUCUACUGCUUCCCCUUCCAUUUUUGCAAUAAUGCCAGAGUCCAGGGUAUUCCAGCCAGCUGUGCAUAUGCAAAAAAACAAAUGCCAUUUUGGUUUUGAUUCUAGUUUGUUUUGUGAUUUUUAAAUUACCCCCAUGUUUUGCAAUGGGUUGCUGCCCUCGGUCACUCUGCCAGCUGUGUCCUUCAGUAGCUUUUUAUUAAUACUUUUUAAAAAUUAAUAUAUUGAAGAUAUUUAAUACAAAGUGUGUGUCGUGGCAAAGGAAGGGAAGGAAUUAAAAAAAAAAAACAGUAAAAGAAAAACUCAAGAAAUGA